UCACUUCUUUUUCUGCUGUCUAGGAAAUCCUAGCAGACAUGCAGUAGUUUGGUAAUAGCUAAUCUGCCUGGUCAGAGUGCAUUUUGCCUGUGCUAGAGUUGUUUCUACUCACUCCAGUGAAAAGCAGCACCAGCUGCAGAGGGCUGCUUCAGCCCAAGGUGUUUUAAUAACACUAGAUGCAGCUUUUGAGAAGGGAUCUCGUGUCUGCUUAGUGUUUGGGCUAUGACUUGUAUUACUGAUUUAUAAUCUUCAAGUAUCAGGCCAAAAUGCUUCCUGCUUAAAGUUGGAAAUCCAUCAAAAGCAGUGACAUCGCCCUUUCUUGUGCCAGCUGUAACAUGGUCAGACAAGAAUGUGGGGCUAAGACUGCUGGUUGCUAUGUUGGGAUAGGAGAUGUGCCUGACUAGUGUAUUUAGUAAGACAUUAAGACACAUUAAAGAUCAUAUUGCUCCACUUCUCUGAAAAAUACUUAUAUAAAAAAGGCCAGCACAAUAUUCCAAGAGCAAUUUCCUAGAUGUAAUCAGUCAUUCCUGCUGAUGUCAGUACCAGGGAUGGGGUUUCAGUGACUCCAGUCAUGCUAGGCCUGCCCUUCAGGGACAACACAGUGCCUGAAAAGAGACCUGAAUUCUGGUGCUUGCUUUGCAGCAGCUGAAGUGUCUGCUAAGCCCUCACGAUCAGCACCUGUGUGAUGAACCAGCUCUCUGUCAUCACUCAAGGUGUGCUACCAGGGAUGCCACUGGAAGCUGGGGAAUGCGCUGCUCCUGGUCAAGCAGCUGAUGAAUGGUGAGGAUGCUGCACGAGGAGGCAGGGGACGAGGCUGCCUUUCCAUGUUGGCAGGACAGGCUGUGUGGGGAGCAGCACCUUCACCCUCAGAAAUACAGCCCAAACAGCUGGGCACCAGAGACAAAAGAGCCUCCAGACUCUGAAAUCUGCAGGGGAUGUUUAAAAAACCAAACUGUAUCAAACCCAGGAAAGGGGAGAAAGGGGAAAUACAGCUCUGACCAAUCAUAGAGAAAACAAGCAUAACUCUGACCCAGCAGAAAUGAGAGUGAAAUCAAAGAUGUGGGAAGCAAGGAUUGUCGUCAUUAGCAAUAAAAAAAACCAAAUUGCGGUUUAGUAAGAGCUGACCAAUAUACUAGGUGGCAAAGUGUGAGUCAAAGCAAGUGCAGAGCUGUGAGUCAUCCACCUCAAAGGGCUUUAUCCUUGGAUAAAAGUCCAAGAGACAGCUCAGGGAGAAAAAAGGAGUGUUGGAAAGGACAGAGACAAUAGCAGAGCAGUGGGCCUCCUCACAGAGCAGAGGCCACGUGGAGGGCAAGGCAGCUAUCAGCCAGUUAUUCUGCCUUACUGUUAUUCCUGUAUGUUUCACAAAUACAGGGGUCAGCCUCCUGCUCUGGGGAACUUCACCUGCAGCACAAACAAGAACUAGAGCAAGAGCAGAAAGAGGGAAGAGGCACAGAAAGCAAGUCAUAUCACUAAGGAUGUGUGUUUGUGUGUGUGUGUGUUUAAAUGAACAAACAUUUAUCAAGAUUUUUCUCCUGAGGUCCAUUUACCAUGACUUUAUUACUGACACAGUACUCUGCAGGAGCAAUACAGCAAUUAGUCAGCUGACAUGGCUUGGUCUUAUAAAGUAAGACGAAAAGCAAGAAACUAAAUUACAGGUCAGAUAAAGGCAACUGUGAUAAGGAUCAAUGCCAUUUAAGAGCGUGAAAACACAAAGUUGGAACUCUUUCAGGUGGGAUGGAGAGAGGCAAAAAGGGAUGGAGAUGAUGAGAUGGCUAGAAGGACACAGAAGAGAAAGUGUACAGGAUGAGAGGCCAUCGAGCGUCACACACAUCUAAACACAGGGUGACGUGAGUUAGUUCUAGAUUACAGGGAAGCACAAGGAGUGACAGGAAGAAGCAAAGAAAAUGAAUAUGCAGGAUCUCAUGCUGCUUCAAGGACAGAAAAUACAAGAGGCAGGUAGAAAGAACAGGAAGAUGGUCAUGGCAAUCACAUCCGUAGUGUCUUCCAUCUGCAGAGGAACACUUUAAAGAAAUUCCAAAGAAAUUUAAAGAAAUUCCAAAGGCAUCAGGACAGAUCAAACCACAGAUUUAUCACCAGAGGAUUGAAGCUAAGAGAGAACUGAGCCAUGUUUUCAUGUCCCCAGCUCAGUUUCAGAGUGCAAAUCUAAAUCAGCUCCCUUGAUUUAAUGUGUAUUUUCCAUGUUUUACAAUACAACAGAUGACAAUAGAACCUGGUUCACUUAUAUCCUAGGCAAGGCAGGUGUGAGCUGAAGCAAUCAAAACCACUGGAAGCUGUGCUGAAAUAAAAAAUUAAAUAAGUGGGAAAAAAUCCCGAAGGUUCUAUAUAUUUUGAGUAAUUUCAUUUUCUUAGGACUUCUUAAGUCCAGUUUUAAGUAAUUCUUCCACAUUAUCAUUAUCCCUCAACAUCCCCUCACUUAUUUCCUUGCAAGUCCCUGUAUCAGGUGGGAGAGCACACCUUUUCAACUUUAAGCAAAAUUUUGGUCCCACAACCACUUUUGUAGGCACUACUUUUUUAUACUUUGACAGAAGAUAUAGAGCUUUGGCGAGGGAAGGAUCUGAAAUAAUUAAAAUAAGCAAAACCUCUGGAUACUGACAGAACCAUAAGUUAGUAGCCUGAAAAUUAACCCUACAAAAGGCUGAAAUUAGAAGAAUUGAUGAAAUAUCUACAGUCAUUACCUGAUUAUUGAAACAUUACAGAUAUUUUUAGGCAUGGGAUCUUUAAUAUACAAAAAUAUAAACUGGUUUGUUUACAAAACAAACAACUACAUAUUUUUUUAAAAUUCUUUGUAAUGACAAACAUGUCCAGUAUUAAUGCAUUAUACUAAGAUCUGUGUCUGUCUCCUGUCAACAAUCUCUAAAGGAGAGAAAGAAUGAUUGUUAAACUGGAAAGCAUCAGUACCGUGAACUUGUAAAUAAAAGGAAAAUUAUGUCUGUAGGGCUUAGAAAUAAUAUUUAAACAGAGAACAAAUGCCACCAUGCAGAUACAUGAUGCAUGUUCGUACAGAGAAAGCUUAGAAAAAGAACACAACUUCCCUGUAUUUAUUCAUUCUAAUGUAUUACAGCACAACGUUUAGGCCACAUAAUAAGCUGUCAAAUGAAAUAAAUUUCAUAUAAUAUUAGUCGAAUAAAGCAUUUUGGAAGACUGAAGUGCAACAGUAGUAACAUUUUCAACAUUACUUUAACAAUCAUUUCAGCAUGUUCACUGGGAGAAAGAAACUUGCAUGAAAAAUGAUUUUUGGUUCUCCCACCUUCAAAUGUGCAAUUUUUUUCCUUAGGAAAAAAGGAAAAUUGAGUGAGCAGGCUGGAUUUUUCACUUCUUUGCCAACUGUGCAUAUAAAUAACUUGAUAUGCAUUUAUAAUUUUACUGAAAUCAAGGUGUGGGAUGAUCCAUACUGGAGCAUCAAAAGAAAACUUAAGUUCCACAAUAACUGCAACAGGGUACACUACAGAACUGCAGGUAUAAAGAAGGCUUAAGAAAAAACAUCUAGAGCACAACCGAGCAAUUGUUUAUUUUAUGUUUGUCCAUGUAUCGAUGGUCUGAACACAAAUAUUUAAAACAAUUACUGUUCUUUUCAUUGCAAUGAUUACGGUUACGUAUUCCAGUAACUUUAAAAAACCCUACACUAACAAACAAACUCAGAUCAAACACGAUGCAUUAGAAAUGCAAUGGAUAAUUUGUGGAUCAUUAAAAACAUAACAACUCCUGUGACUAUCCAAUAAAUCAACAACUGCUGAAGUAUUUUAGAGUUUAUUAAAAACCCAGGAAACUUAAAAAUCUCAUUUUACACUCCAAAAGGACACACAUAUUGGUUUAGUUUUUCCUUGCAGCUGCCAGACAAGUAACCAGUCUUCCAGCAGCUGCUCAGCCACUGGCCUGACUGUAGGUCAGGAGACGUGCAGCCUCCAAGAGACAAUUCCCACAAACCUCCAAGGGACAAUGUCCAUAAACCUCUUCCAUAGAAGAGUUAGCAGUUCUGUAAUCACAGAAUCAAUUAGGUUUGAAAAGGCCUCUGAGAUCAUCGAGACCAAUCUGACCCAACACCACCACAUCAACCAGAGCGGAGCACAAAGUGCCAUGUCCAGUCUUUCCUUACCCACCUCCAGGGACAGUGACUCCCCCACUUCCCUGGGCAGCCCGUUCUAAUGUCUAAUCAGCCUUUCUGUGAAAAACUUCCUCCAGAAGUCCAACCUAAACCUUCUCUGGCACAGCUUGAGGCCAUGUCCUCUCGUCCUACCUCUGGCUGCCCAGGCAAAGACGCUCCCCUGGCUACAACCUCCUUUCAGGUAAGCGUGGAGAGCCAUAAGGUCACCCCCGAGCCUCCUGGUGUCCAAGCUCUCUGGAGAGGCCCGGUCCCUCUGGAGCGGCACGAACGGUGGCCGCGCUGCCCGGGAGGUGCCGCUUUGGGGGCUGCGCGCCGGGGCGGGCGACGGGAGCGCGGAGCUCCCGCAGGGAAGCCCUGACACCGCCCGGCAGCGCCCCGGUGCGCCCCGCACGGUCGCUGUUCCCCGGUACGCUCGCUGUGCCCCGGUGCGCCCACUGUGCCCCCGUGCAUUCGCUGUGCCCCGGUGCGCCGCCGCUCGGCUCCGGCCGCCCCCCGCGCUCCGCAGCCGCAGUUCCGGCGGUGGGAGGAAGCGCGGGGCCGCUCCGCUCCGCUCCGCUCGCCGGGGGAUGCGGGAGCACUCCCGCCCCCGCGGCCGGCGGGAGGCGGGCGGCGGCGCGGGCGGGGCGGACGCGUCGCCCCGCAGAGAGCGGCGGGGGGACCCAGCGGCGGGCUGCGGGCACAGGCCGGCGAUGGAGGAAGGGGCAGCAGACCUGCGACAGAGAAAGAAACAAAACUGCACAGAAUCUGACAAAAUGGCUCCAGAGGAGAGAAACAAAGAAAAUUCAAAGCUGGGAAAGUCGCCAAAAUAUAUGCUAAUCCAGCGUUUUGCAAAGCUUUUCUUUGGCUGUCUCGCAGCAGUCACCAGCGGAAUGAUGUAUGCUGUGUACCUCUCUACAUAUCAUGAACGGAAAUUCUGGUUUUCCAGCAGGCAGGAACUUGAACGAGAAAUUACAUUUCAGGGUGACAGUGCCAUUUAUUACUCGUUCUAUAAAGAACUGCUAAAGGCUCCUUCCUUUGAAAGAGGUGUUUAUGAAUUGACACACAACAAUAAGACAAUAUCACUGAAGACCAUAAAUGCUGUCCAGCAAAUGACUUUGUACCCAGAGUUGAUUGCCAGUGUUUUAUAUCAAGCAUCUGGUAGCGAAGAAGUUAUUGAACCAGUGUAUUUCUACAUUGGUAUAGUUUUUGGACUGCAGGGAAUUUAUGUGACUGCAUUGUUUGUAACCAGUUGGGUUAUGAGUGGGACUUGGCUGGCAGGAAUGCUGACUGUAGCAUGGUUCAUUAUUAACAGGACAGACACAACAAGAAUUGAUUAUUCCAUACCAUCAAGAGAAAAUUGGGCUUUGCCGUAUUUUGCAUGUCAAGUAGCAGCUCUCACAGGUUAUUUAAAAAAGAACCUAAACUGUUCUGCUGAGAAGUUUUGUUAUCUUUUGGUGAAUGCCUCAACAUAUACCUUCAUGAUGAUGUGGGAAUACAGUCAUUAUCUCCUGUUUGUCCAGGCUGUUUCUCUUUUCCUACUAGACAGCUUUGCCCUAGCACAGACAGAGAAGGUGCACGAGGUGUACAGAAUCUACCUUUUUUCUGUCAUCGUGGGAUACCUUCUGCAGUUUGAAAAUUCAGCCUUACUAGUAUCACCAUUACUGAGUCUUGUGGUAGCUUUAAUGCUCUCCAAAUCCCUUCAGAUGAAUAUGAAAAAAAGCACAUUUGUGUCAAGAUUGCUGAAAAUAAUGUAUAUUUAUUUGGUACUUACAGUAGCAGUGACACUAAACUUCUUAUUAAAGAUGUUCAUUCCUCAUAAAGAAAAUGAGCAUUUGCUGAAGUUCAUUGAAGUAAAACUUGGCUUAAACACAACUAAGAAUUUUACAAUGAAUUGGCUCCUUUGUCAAGAAUCUCUUCAGGCACCCUCCCAAGACUUUUUUUUGCGACUAACACAGUCGUCACUGUUGCCUUUUUAUAUUUUAGUAUUAAUUAUCUGCCUUUUUUCUGUAACUCAGGUCAUUUUCAGGAGAAUUUGUGGUGAACCACUGAAAGAGACAGUUAAACUUGAGGAUGGUCGAAUUGGAGAGAGGCCAGAAAUAGUUUAUCAUGUAAUUCACACAAUUUUGCUUGGUUGUCUAGCGAUGUGUUUGGAAGGAAUGAAAUAUCUAUGGACACCUUAUGUUUGUAUGCUUGCUGCAUUUGGUGUGUGUUCUCCUGAACUUUGGAUGACGCUUUUCAAGUGGCUUCGACUGAAAGCUGUGCACCCAAUACUGCUGGCUCUUAUUCUGAGUAUGGCAGUUCCCACUAUAAUUGGAUUCAGCUUGUGGAAAGAGUUUUUCCCUAGAAUAAUGACAGAGCUUACAGAACUGCAAGAAUUCUAUGAUCCUGAUACAGUAGAACUUAUGACAUGGAUAAAACGCCAGGCUCCUGUGGCUGCAGUGUUUGCAGGCAGCCCACAGCUCAUGGGUGUGAUUAAGCUCUGUACAGGAUGGAUGGUGUCGAGCCUGCCUUUGUAUAAUGAUGAUGAUCUUCUGAAAAGAAAUGAGAAUAUUUAUCAAAUCUAUUCCAAGAGAUCAGCAGAAGAUAUUUAUAAGAUACUCACAUCUUACAAAGCCAACUUUCUGGUUAUUGAAGAUUCAAUUUGCAAUGAAGUGGGACCUGUAAGAGGAUGUAGAGUUAAAGAUCUGUUGGAUAUUGCUAAUGGUCAUGUGGUUUGUGAGGAAGGUGACAACUAUGCCUACUCAAAAUAUGGACGAUUUUGUCAUGAAAUCAAAAUGAACUAUUCUCCAUAUGUGAAUUAUUUCACUCGAGUAUACUGGAAUAGAUCCUACUUUGUAUAUAGAAUCAACACUGUGAUAUCCUUCCAGUCCUGAAAAAGCAUGCAAGCUUCUUUCUGAGGAUUGAUUGUGAAUGAAUUUCAGUUGGAAAAGUUCCUUUUGAGCAAGGAAGUCUAUUUUUUGCAGAUAGAUGUGCACACAUGCAGUGUACUGACAACUUUACCAAACUGAAAUUCUUUGAUCUGCAGAUCAGCUGACACUUAUGCCAUCCUUGAAGGAAACGGGAACAUUUAUCAGUUUUACAGUCUCUACAAUGUGCUACAGUCUUCCGUGUUUUUACAUUUUUCUUCCCAUUAGAAAUCAUCUUAAUCUUCAUGUAAAUGAGAUUUCUAAUUUUAGUGUUAGAGUGUUGAUAUGCGUAGACUUCAGUAAAUACAGAAAAAUUAUUUAAAGAGCUUGUUUAAGUCAUAUAGCUUUUAUUUUUUAGCAAGAAAGCAAUCACUAUCCCAAGUCUUUUCAAGUAAGUGUUUGGAUUUUUUGUUUGGGGUUUCUUUUUAUUUUGUUUUAAUUCUUCCUGUCUUCCAUGGUAAACAUUUCUGUGUUUCUCAAACACACAUUUAUACAUCUUAUGUGUAGCUAUAUAGUUUUUAUAAAUCAAAUAAGGAAGAUUUUACUUAAACAACACUUCCAUAGAUUAAGGCACUGAUCUCUACAUUGUUGUCUCUGUUGUCUACAGAGGCAUGUUGGUGGAAAUGCUAGGAAUUAGACCUAGCAAUAGGAGCUGACAAGCUCAGAUCUUCAGUUUGGAAAGAACUUGUCUUCAGCAUUUCUCCACACUUAAGUGUUUAUGUGUGUAUGCAUAAGUGUGUCUUUCUUGGCAGCCACCAGAAUGGGCCAGUAUAUCACAGUAUGCCACACUUGUUUUCAGGCAAGUGUAGCAGGACAGCCAGGUUUGCUACCGAGACUUCUGCACUUCAGUUUCACCACCUCUGUGUGUGCUGGUACGUGUGUGUGUGUGUGGGCAGAUGGGUGAUACUCAUUUCAUUCAACUUAUUAUGCAAUAGCUAUGUUAAGAUAGUGCCAUAACUGUCAUUUAAAACACUAUAAUCACCACCAUUAAUAAAUAAUGGUACAGGUGUUCAUAGCUAUUUUUAUAUCAAUUAUGCAAAUACACAGAUCUUUGAAAAUUUGGCAGUUUUGCUUCUCUCUAAAAUUUGUUAUAUGCCCUUUGCCUCUACAACUCCUUUUCUUAACAAAUUAUCUGUUCAUCCUGUUUGUUGCUGGCUGAUAGACUUUCAAGAAAAUGAAUGAUGUUUUAAUUACAACUCUGGGCCUAAACCCAGUGUUGAGAAUGGAAACUCCAAUAAAAGGUAACAGUAGCUUUGCUUAAUGUAGAGGUAACUGGACAAAAAGCCAGGAAUAAGUUUUGGAAGAAGUUGCUCACCCCAUAGGAGUUACCUGCAGUUACAAAUUAAUGUAACACCUGGCCCAGAGACCAGUCUAUCAGGUAUGUGGGAAUGAUUCUUUGGAGCCCAGAUGUCUUUAAUAAAGGAUCUGGCAAAAAUCAGCAAACCAUUCUGCAAGUGGAAGCUGCAAAACAAUCCUUACUGCAAAUGGGAGAUUUUAACUCUGAAGUUACUAGGAACUGCAGCAUGUUGUUGUAUGUGCAUGAUUCUUCUCUGCUCUGUGCAGAUACACUUGCUUAUUUUACACUGACAUGUAGUGCUGAGAUUUUUUAAAACUUGUUAUCACUUUUGGAGUGAUUUAAAAGAAAAAAGCUUUAUUGUUGUAAAAGCUAAUUUGUCUGUAAUCUGUUUUUUACUUUCAGUUAUAUUUUUAGGAAUGUGAGUCUUGACAGAAUGUUAAAUUAUGCAUUUUAUUUGAAACCAACAUUCAGAUAAAUCCAUCAAAUGUAUGGGGUGUUGUCACUGAGAGAAACAUUUAUCCAUAUAACUGAGUUACAAGUAAAUAUCCCUUCUGGGCAUACAGGCAUCAUGUUGGGGAUAGUGUGUACCUGUGUGUCUGCUGGAGUGCAGGCUGCAUGUAUUUGCUUGUGCACAAGUGCAUGUUUUACUGCACUGGGCUGUUUCAGACUGCUCAAUUACCAUAUACCAACCAACACAAGCUUGUGUAUUAACUUGAGCUAUGGCAGGCCUGCAGGAACCCCCUCUGUAUGUGUGGAUAUAGAUGUAAUAUUUGGAAGUAAGUUUACAAUUCCUUUUUCAGUUUAGGUUUGUUUGAACCCCUGUCAAGGAAUUACGUGUCUGUGUGUUGGUCAUUUAAUCUCUUGAAGUUAGUGAUUCAUGAAUAUCACUUCAUAUCAGCAAUAAGGCAUUCCAGGUGCAAACUUCAGGGUUACGCCUGUGCUUGGGUAGAUGAAGUUGCAGAACUUCUGGCUUCAUGCCUUGAACUGCCAUGCUGAGAUGUAACAUUCAAGUGUCCUUGGCUGCCUGUUGUGUUUUACUACAAUGUUGUGUGUGUUACCAUGUAGAACAUAGUUUGAACACAUACAUGUAGAGCACACAUAUUAAGGAAACCACAAAUGAGGCCGCCCACGCAUCUAAGCAAAACUGUCUUGUAGCACAUUGGCCUUUAUACAUGUUUAAAUGAAUUAGUUGAAUUUUAUUUGAAUUGUGACAUAGUUACUGUUAUUAAUUUUGUCAUAGUUUGUAAGAUGUAUUCUUGAUACUUCAAUUGAUUCUGCUUUAGGAGAAUCAUUUAAGAUUUUUACCUUGCUUUUUAUAUUAGAGAAAAUUAUAUUGCAGCACCAUUGGCAGAGCAGCCUUAAGUAACAGAAGGAGCCUUUUGUUUGGGAGAACAUUGUGGUUGCUCCUGUAAAAAGGCAUAAUUAAAAUUAGUGACUGUAAGAAUAAUAUCUUAGAAAGUGAAUUAAUUUCUUAUCCAGCCAUGGACUAGCAAAAAUACUGUCUAAUCUCCAGCUUCUGUGAAAAAUAAUAAGUUCCAGUGAUAUCCCUUAGUGGGACAAUAGGGCAUAAUUACACCAGACUUGUGCAGACAACCCUGGCUUGGUUUUCAACCAGAUCACAGGUUUAACUCCCUGAAAGGGUUGUGGGAAAGUUUUACAAAUUUUGAUCUGCUUUGCUGUAGAUGUUGCAAUUCAGUUGAAACAUGUGCCUUGCAAGCUUUUAUUAAACAAACAAAAACCUCAA